AGUUCUCCUCGGCGCCUCAGUGCAGAGCUCACAGGUGAGGCAAGGCUGCUGGCGACUCUCCCAUCCUGGACAGAUGAUGGCUGAGCAGAACAGCAGCGGGCAGUUUAACCGAACUUCACCGGACCUUGGCAGGUUUGGAAACCUCGAGGACAUCGACGUGACUGCUGACAGAAGCCCUGUCCUUAGGAUAACCAUCUCCAUCGUUUACUCUUUUGUGUGCGCCGUCGGUUUGGCCGGGAACCUGCUGGUGUUCUUCCUGAUGAGGACGAAGCGCGGCAGAAGGCGCUCCAGCAUUGACGUCUUCAUCUUCAACUUGGCUCUGACCGACUGCCAGUUUGUGCUGACUUUGCCCUUCUGGGCGGUGGACACUGCCCUGGACUUCAGCUGGCCGUUCGGAGACGCCAUGUGUAAGACUGUGCUGUCGGUGACGGUGAUGAACAUGUACGCGAGCGUCUUCUUCCUCACCGCCAUGAGCGUCACGCGCUACUUCUCCAUCGUCUCCUCCACCAAGACCCCCCAGCUCCGGUCUGUGGGCUCGGUCAGGUGGGCGUGCGCGCUACUGUGGUUCCUGGCCACAGUGGCCACGGCUCCCACUGCCAUCUUUUCAGCGGUGACCAACGUGGCCGGAGAGGAACUUUGCCUGCUGAAGUUCCCCGCCGGACAGUACUGGCUCGCCUUUUAUCACCUCCAGAAGAUCCUGCUCGCUUUCGUGCUGCCCAUGCUGGUCCUGUCCGUGUCUUACGGGCUGCUCCUGAGGUUCGUGAAGACGCGCAGCAUGAACAACUGCAGGUCCAGGAGGAAGCUCCGAGUGACUAAGACGGUCACUCUCAUGGUGCUGUCCUUCUUUCUGUGCUGGCUGCCGAACCAGGCCAUCACCUUCUGGGGCGUUUUAGUCAAGUUCAACGUGAUUUACUGGGACGAAGCGUUUUACACCGUCCACACUUACGUGUUCCCCGCCAGCGUCUGCUUAGCUCACACCAACAGCUGCCUGAACCCCUUCAUUUACUGCCUCAUGAGGAGGGAGUUCAGGGCGAAGCUGAAGAGCUCUCAGCCAGGAACCCUGAGAGGCGUCAUGUCACCAAGCUCAGCCAGAUAAGAGAGAGACUGUCUUUUACUUCGCUGUCUAGGUCAAAACCUGUGUUUAUAAACCUUUUUCUUUGGUGUUUUCUGGCAAAGUAUUAAAGUAAGUGCUUGUAAAUGUUAUUUUCCCUCGUCAGGCUGUCAAAUCAAACACUAUCCGAGCCACUUUCACCUUCAGGGACAGAGUAACGCGGUAGAACACAGAGAUUAUAUCCACCAUUAAGCUGAGAUCAAGUUCAUUUAAAAAACAGACGUUCAAAUCUUUGUUUUAAGACGUUUCCAUUUCAUUUUCAUCUAAAAUCAUUUCAGGAGUGGUCAGCUUGACAGGGUGUACGCUUUGCCUGCUGUUCUUCUUCUUCUUUCGGCUGCUCCCUCUUUAGGGGUCGCCACAGCGGAUCAUCUGCCUCCAUCUCGCCCUA